GUUGGUGAGCGGAUUCAGGAGCCACGGAGCGGACUGACAGACAGGUCUGACCUCCCCCUCGGCACUUUUUCUCCCUCCCCUCCCCUGUGCCCGAGCAGCGAGAAAAUACACGAGGAAGGACGUGCAGUGUCUUUUACGCACCGGCCACGCAGCAUGUCCCAGGCGGACUAGAGAGAGAGAGACAGAGAGACAGAGAGAGAGAGAGAGAGAGAGAGAGAGAGAGAGAGAGAGAGAGAGAGAGAGGAGUACUUACAAUAGAAACUCAAUUCGUUCGCAGGAGAAGAAUAGAGGAGAGAGAGAAAGAGGAGGAGGAGGAGGAGCGAAAGAUAACACUGGAAUGAAGUGGACCUCGGGAUUCCCGGCGUGCUGCGGAGUUGUGACUGAUGGAUGAACGUGGCCAUCUGUAGGUCUAUAAACGGCGACAGGUACGGACACCACCGGGGCAGCCUCCACACAGACCCGGGGCAGCCUCCACACAGACCCGGAGCAGCCUCCACACAGACCCGGCGCAGCCUCCACACAGACCCGGGGCAGCCUCCACACAGACCCGGAGCAGCCUCCACACAGACCCGGAGCAGCCUCCACACAGACCCGGGGCAGCCUCCACACAGACCCGGGGCAGCGCUCCAUCGGCAGCCGCAUCGCUAAAUCCUAUCUCUCCAACAAAAAUAAAUAAUAAAUCAACACAGAUUGGUUGGAUCCGUCUCAUCGACACGUCAGAAGGGCUGUUUUCUCUGGUUUUUUUGUUGUUGUUUUUCUUUUAUCGGUUCUGUGUCUCAGCCACAGGUCAACCAGGACACUCGGGUUCUGCUCUGCUCGCCCUCCCCAGAUCCGACCCAGCACCGGGGGGGCUUUUCAUCGCCAGUCUCUGCGGACAGUUCAGUCGAGGACACACCGUAGUGUCUGUAACAGAUUUUUUAUUUUUUAUUUCCCCCCCCCAAAAAAAGGGUCGGACAGAAGGACAUGUAUCCGAUAACGACCUCACAUGCUCCCGACUGAUCGCUGCUCACCUUCCCACCGGGCGAACCGCAGAUAGAGGCUGCCAGGCGCACCGCGUCCGACGCUCCUGAGUUUUCUCGGCUCGCUUGUCCGUACGCUGACCGAUCAAGAAUGGCGGGACUCGGUUGUUGGAAGUAUUACCUCUGGAUCUUUAUUUUAAUGUGCAGGUCGGCGUUAACCUCGGCCAAAUCGCUGGAGACUAUAAUCUGGAGCUCGCAGAAUUCCAAGUUUGUGGCUGGACAGGGCCUUGUGAUCUACCCAGACAUCGGGGACAAGCUGGACAUCAUCUGUCCCAAAGGGGACCAAGGCAGAGACUAUGAGUUCUACAAGCUGUACCUGGUGAAGAGGGAGCAGGCUGAGAGCUGCAGCACAGUCCUCGACCCCAACGUCCUGGUCAACUGUAACAAGCCUGAGAAGGACAUCAAGUUCACCAUCAAGUUCCAGGAGUUCAGCCCCAACUACAUGGGCCUGGAGUUCAAGAAGAACGUCAACUACUACAUCACCUCAACCUCCAACGGUAGCGUCGAGGGCCUGGAGAACCGGGAGGGAGGCGUGUGCAAGAGCAGAGCCAUGAAAGUCAUCAUGAAAGUCGGGCAAGUCCCGAACGCAGCAAACCCCGUGGCUCCGGACGCUACAGAGAACAACGCCAUACCGGAGUCCAGUCCCAGUCCGCCUAACCAGGGUCGGAUUGGGCCCGAGAUGCCAGGAAACACUGACAUGAAUCAGGACCAGUCUGGCUCCUCGGGAAACUCGGACGGCAUCCUGGGCUCCAAAGUGGCCGUGUUCUCCGCCAUCGGGGCCGGCUGCAUCAUCUUCCUCGUGCUCAUCCUCCUCCUCGUCAUCCUGCUCAUCAAGAUGCGCAAGCGCUCCAGGAAAAACGGCCACUCGCAGCCCCGCCCCUCGGCGCUGUCCCUCAGCACGCUGUCCAAUCCCAAGAUGCCCGGGGGCACGGCUGGCACGGAGCCCAGCGACAUCAUCAUUCCGCUGCGGACAGAGAACAACUACUGCCCUCACUAUGAGAAGGUGAGCGGCGACUAUGGCCACCCCGUCUACAUCGUCCAGGAGAUGCCCCCGCAGAGCCCUGCCAACAUCUACUACAAAGUCUGACGCGCUCCACACACACAGCCAGCGACACGGUUCGGGAGAGGGAAAGAGAGGAGCGCUUGAUUUAUGUCCUUGGGAAGAACACUUUCCUUCGCAUUUUUGGGGACUUGAUGCGUCUUCAAGCCCAGUAUUAUUUCUACCACCUGCUGCACAAAUCUGGAGAGACGAGCACUGACCAGUGACCAGCGGGGUUACGAGCUGACUGAUGAGAGAGGUUUAUUCUGUUUGUUUUGGGUUGUCUGACAAU